AUUUUUUAUACAAAUAAAUUCAUUAUAAAUAUAAAUAUAUUUUUAAAGUAUUAAUCAGUGUUUUUAAACAUAAACUAACCUCGCUAAUGUGUGUUUGUGUUUUUACCCGUGAAUUGUGCCGUAAUUUAAUUGAAAUAAUGAUUUGUUGAGUGAAUUAAUGGCCGAAAAAAGUUUAGAAAACAGUGUCUCUCAUGAAGUUGUGGACAGAAGUGACAAUUGUGUGACAAAUGCCGUCAAAAGUGAUGCCAUUAAUGACAACCAUUUGGCUAAUCGUAAGACGAUUGCCAUCGGGAGGAAGAUAUCCAUCAAAUCCAAUAAGAGUACAAAGAGUGACAAAAGUGACUCUCAAUUCAGUCAAUACAACACCAAUGAUAGCCACGGAACUAAUGGAUUUAAAGUAUCAGUUGUGGGCGAUUGGCUUGUGUUGCGAGAAAAGCUACACAUUUCUCUCCGAAAUCGUUGGGCUAUCGAGCGAUCAAAUUACGUGAAUCUCAUGAAACUUAUAGUUAAGGAAUUGAUCGAGAAAUCGGCUAAAACUAACCGUAUCGUCGACUCCAGUAACAUCUCAUUAAGACAUUUGUUUAUCAUAUUGGAGCACAUAUUCAAGCACGGACUCAAAUCCAAAAAAGGCAUAUUUGAGAGCAAAAGGGAUUUAUGGAAUGUCAUUGAAUUAGUCGAGAGACUGGCCUCCGAUGCCUCCGAUAUCACUGUCAGCGCCCGACAGAUACCUACCAUUAAGACUCCUUUAGGGAAAGUGAGGGCAUGGAUGAGAUUGGCUUUAAUGAACAAAAGACUAUCAGAUUAUUUUAGACAUCUCUUAGAAAAGAGAGAAUUAUUUUUAAGCGAUUAUUACGAGGACUGGGCUAUUAUGAUGUCCGACGAGGCUGUUAUCAUUGGAGGCCUACUCGUGGGACUCAAUAUUCUUGAUUGCAAUCUCUGUGUCAAAGAAGAAGAUCUAGAUUCUGAUGAUUUUGUUAUUGAUCUGAGUUUGUAUUUAAGAGAUAACAUUCAAUCCAAUCCUUUUGAUUCCGAUUGGAGACAACAUAGCGAUGGCAACAAUGAAUGGUUGGGAAUAUUCUCCCAUAAUAUAUCCGUAGUAUUGGACCAAAAGAAUUAUAUUGAAGAGCUUAACAGACAUUUGAGUUCCACGAUUUCAAACUUAGAGCACAAAAUAGAAACCCUUCAAACGGACAACACUCUGAUGACUGAGGAGUUGGAAGUCUUUCGAAAUAUUGACAAAAACUUUGAAAUUAUUAAAACGAUUCCAGAAAUGGAUUCAUUGAAACAAUCAAAGGAGGAGUUCUCGCAAUUAGAGGAACAACUCAUACAAGAAGUCAAACGAAGAGAGGCGGCCGAGAAGGAGUUGGAGAGUCAGGCGUUUCUGAAGGGCGAGGCCGAGACUGCCAUGCAUUUGCUGGAAAGGGAUGUUCUCGAGAAACAGGACUCCGUUAUCACUUUGAGACGACAGCUCGAAGACAUCAAAACAAUUAAUCUUCAGAUGUAUUCCAAACUCCAAGAGUGCGAGACUUCUAUCAAAAACAAAGUCAAUCAUAUCUCGCAUUUGGAGCAAAAUGUGUCGGUUAUGGCCAACACUAUCACCCAAUUGGAAGCCAAGUACGAUAUUCUUAACGCCAAAACCGAGAAGGAAUGGCGGACUACCCUUCAGAAGCUGAUUGACGAGCAACAGGAACAGGUCACUCAUUUGCAGCAGCAGUUGGAGCGCAUGAGACGCGCGUCCAGUGAAUCACUGAAAGUCCAAAACGAGAAUCAAAUACUAAAGAAGAAGUGCUUUGAAUACGAGUUAUCGUUAGAAGAAGUGGGGAAACAGCUCCAGGAGUGA